UUUAAUUAUAUUCCUUUUAUUAAAAUUUAUAAAAUGUAAUAAAAGAGGAUCCGAAACCCGAAAGAGCCGCACAUUUCUCUAUUUCUGUCUACUUGAGAGCAAACUUGGCGUCCGACAGUCCACCACUUCUCUCUUGCUCCGAUUUCGCUUCAAUUCAGAUUCUGGGUUUUCUGGGAUUUGAGAAUUAGUGUUUGGCAAUAUGGCGAUGAAUGAACAGAAGAUUGACUUAGAACAAGGAUGGGAGUUUAUGCAGAAGGGAAUUACAAAGUUGAAGAACAUUCUGGAAGGGCUGCCUGAGCCGCAGUUCAGUUCUGAGGAGUACAUGAUGCUUUAUACAACCAUCUAUAACAUGUGUACACAAAAGCCUCCUCAUGACUACUCCCAACAGCUGUAUGACAAGUACCGAGAGUCGUUUGAAGAAUACAUUACCUCCACGGUAUUGCCUUCUAUAAGAGAGAAGCAUGAUGAGUUUAUGUUAAGAGAGCUUGUAAAACGGUGGGAAAACCAUAAGGUUAUGGUCAGGUGGCUUUCUCGAUUCUUCCAUUAUCUUGAUCGUUACUUUAUAGCUCGGAGGUCACUGCCACCCCUUAAUGAAGUUGGGCUUUCCUGUUUCCGUGAUCUGGUCUACCUGGAGUUGAAUGGAAAAGUAAGAGAUGCUGUAAUAUCUUUGAUUGAUCAAGAACGAGAGGGUGAGCAGAUUGAUCGAGCUUUAUUGAAAAAUGUUUUAGAUAUAUUUGUUGAAAUUGGGAUGGGGCAAAUGGAUUCCUAUGAAAAUGACUUUGAAGCAGCCAUGCUUAUUGAUACAUCUGGAUAUUAUUCUCGGAAGGCUUCAAGCUGGAUAUUAGAAGAUUCUUGCCCAGAUUAUAUGUUGAAAGCUGAGGAGUGUCUGAAACGGGAGAAAGAUAGGGUUGCUCAUUACUUGCAUUCUAGUAGUGAGCCAAAGUUACUGGAGAAAGUUCAACAUGAAUUGUUGACUGUAUUUGCUAACCAACUGCUUGAAAAAGAGCACUCAGGAUGCCAUGCACUGCUUAGAGAUGACAAGGUGAAGGAUUUGUCAAGAACGUUCCGGCUGUUUUCUAAAAUACCUCGAGGAUUAGACCCAGUUUCCAACAUAUUUAAGCAACAUGUUACUGCCGAAGGUACAGCUUUGGUUAAACAGGCUGAAGAUGCAGCAAGCAACAAGAAGGCUGAAAAAAGGGACAUGGUUGGUUUGCAAGAACAGGUUUUUGUUAGGAAAGUGAUUGAGCUACAUGACAAGUACCUAGCAUAUGUAAAUGAUUGUUUCCAGAACCACACUCUCUUCCACAAGUCGCUUAAGGAGGCUUUUGAGGUUUUCUGCAAUAAGGGUGUUGCUGGAAGCUCAAGUGCAGAACUCCUAGCCACUUUUUGUGAUAAUAUUCUUAAGAAGGGUGGGAGUGAGAAACUUAGUGAUGAAGCAAUUGAAGAAACACUCGAGAAGGUAGUGAAGCUGCUUGCAUAUAUUAGCGACAAGGAUUUAUUUGCUGAAUUUUACAGGAAAAAGCUUGCUCGGCGGCUUCUUUUUGACAAGAGUGCUAAUGAUGACCAUGAGAGAAGUAUUUUGACAAAGCUGAAGCAGCAGUGUGGUGGUCAGUUCACCUCCAAGAUGGAGGGGAUGGUUACGGACCUGACAUUGGCAAAGGAAAAUCAGAACAAUUUCGAGGAAUAUCUAAACAGCAACCCAAAUGCAAACCCGGGGAUUGAUUUGACAGUUACGGUUUUAACUACUGGCUUCUGGCCAAGUUACAAGUCAUUUGAUCUUAACCUUCCAGCAGAGAUGGUGAAGUGUGUUGAAAUAUUUAGAGAAUUCUAUCAGACAAAAACCAAGCACAGAAAACUUACUUGGAUAUAUUCAUUGGGUACUUGUAAUCUCAUUGGGAAAUUUGAAACGAGAACCACUGAGCUGAUUGUCACAACCUAUCAGGCUUCUGCCUUGCUACUAUUCAAUUCCUCCGAUAGGCUGAGUUAUUCAGAGAUCAUGACUCAGUUGAACUUGUCUGAUGAUGAUGUUAUUAGACUGCUUCAUUCCUUGUCAUGUGCUAAGUAUAAGAUUCUCAACAAAGAGCCACCCACGAAAAGCAUCUCUCCCACAGAUCACUUUGAGUUCAACUUCAAGUUUACUGAUAAAAUGAGGAGGAUCAAGAUUCCUCUUCCUCCUGUGGAUGAGAAGAAGAAAGUGACUGAAGAUGUUGAUAAGGACAGACGGUAUGCAAUUGAUGCAUCAAUUGUUCGAAUCAUGAAGAGUCGGAAGGUUUUAGGGCACCAACAGUUGGUGCUGGAGUGUGUAGAGCAGUUGGGCCGCAUGUUCAAGCCUGAUUUCAAAGCAAUUAAAAAGAGGAUUGAAGACCUCAUCACUCGGGACUAUCUGGAGAGGGACAAAGCUAACCCCAAUUUGUUCAGGUAUUUGGCAUAAUCUGGCCUGGGUUCAACAUGAAGUGAUGACUUAUUGCCUCUGGAAAUAGGGCAUAUAAAACAGCCACUGCCAUAACGAGUGCCAUGGUUGGUGAUUACCUUGGAGGGAGAGCUUUGAUGCUUGUAAAUUAUAUCGGUGGAGCCAGUCGUGGAGAACAACUAUAGAUUGUAAACCGGUGGUGGAGAAAUUGUUAAGUUGAGCAAAGGAAUCACGCAGGUAUGCAAAAGUCCAUUUCAUGAGGUUGUUGUUUGUGAUUUUACAUCGUUGGUUUCUUCCAAUGCGAGAUGUGUAAUGAAAAUUGCAUUUUGAUUGUAAGGUAAAGAAGUAUGAGGUGAAUGUCUUUCUUCCAA